CCACCCCCCGUCCUCUGCCUUUCCUCCCUGCAGUUCUUCUCUCUCUCUCUCUCCAUGGGGUCGAAAGCGAGGAUGGGCUUCGGUCCUCUCCUAUUCCACUGCGUUCUUUUAGCACUCCUUGUGGCCUCCUCGCAUGGCGUAAUAGUGGGGAGUUCGAACGGGGGAGGGAGCUUGGCCGAAUGCAACCUGUUCCAAGGGAGCUGGGUCUACGACGAGUCAUACCCUCUCUACGACUCGGCGAGCUGUCCGUUUAUCAGUAGUAUCGGGUUUGACUGCCUGAAGAGCGGCCGGCCUGAUAGGAAGUACCUCCAGUACAGGUGGAAGCCCGAUGGUUGCGAUCUCCCAAGAUUUGAUGGCGAGGAUUUCUUGCAGAGAAUGAGGGGAAAGACGAUAACGUUCGUGGGGGAUUCAAUAAGUAAGAACCAGCGGGACUCGCUCGCCUGCUUGCUACAUGCGGCAGUACCUAAUACUUCCGUUUCUUACAGUGACCCGUCCGGUAGUGUUCACUUUAAGGACUACAACGUCACGGUGACUCGCUUCCUCGCACAGUAUCUGGUGGACAUUGUCCCUGAGAAGAUAGGGAGAGUCCUGAAGCUCGACUCCGUGCAACAAAAUGGGCAGGACUGGCUGGGCGCAGAUGUUCUCAUCUUCAACUCGUUUCUUUGGUGGAACCGCAGCAAUCCCGGCCGACCAUGGGAUUAUAUUCAGGAUGGCAACAACAUACUUAAUGACAUGAACCGCACGGAGGCUAUGGCGAAGGCUUUGAACACAUGGGCCAGAUGGGUGGACUCGAACAUUGAUCCAAACAUUAAGAAGGUCUUCUACUUCGGAAUUCCCCCAAUCCACAUGCAUGGAGAGGACUGGGGCGAGCGAGGGAAGACUUGCGUCGGACAAACAGAGCCACUGAUGGCGACGACGUACCCCGGAGGUCCAAUUCCGCAGGAAAGCAUCGUGCGGGGCGUCUUGGGAAGUAUGGCGAAGCCAGUCUACUUGCUUGACAUAACUUUCCUCACGCAACUCAGAAAAGAUGGUCACCCGGGACGGUACAGCGGGGGUGAUUGCACGCACUGGUGUCUGGCUGGAGUUCCGGAUACAUGGAACCUAUUGCUGAAUGCUGCCCUUCUUGAAUGGAACUGAUCAAUUUCUUUUUUUUUUUUCCUCGGCAAAUAUAUGAAAGCGGGGCAAAUGAGAAGAUUUUCAUGUAAAAUGGGGAAGAAGAAGUUUAAUAACUAGAAUCAGUUGCAUGGGUUGUUUGCUAUUUUCUUUUCUCACUAAUAAUUAUCGUGGAAUGCAAAAGUGAGACAAUAAGGGCACCUUAAUGGGAAUAUAAGUGUUUCUCAGUGCA